AUAAACAUAAUGUAGUUUCUUUAGAAACUUAACCCGCAAAGAGCAGUUUAGUAAUGAUGUCAUGAUGCCUCGCACCAUAAGUAUUUUGGUAAUAUUUUUAUUAAGCAGUUGCUGCUUAACGACGGCAUCUGUUUACGGAAUCGUCGGUAAUGAAACCGAACAAUUGAGCAGAAGGGCUAAAACCAAUCAAACGAUAAAAAACAGCAACGUAUUGAAUACAGGAUUUUGGGAUGCUCUCGGGUUACCAAAAAGUUUUGACGCUAGGGAGAAAUGGCAUUUUUGUCCAUCCAUUGGGUAUAUACACGACCAAGGUAAUUGCAAGUCAAGCUAUGCCAUUUCCGUUGCUUCCGCUGUCGAGGACCGCAUUUGUAUCGGCACAAACGGCCAGUCAAAACCUAAGAUUUCCGCUCAGCAAAUACUGUCAUGUUGUUAUUUAUGCGGUAACGGCUGCUACGGUGGUGUCCACUUUGAGUCAUGGUACUUUUACGCGCGGCACGGAUUCGUUUCUGGUGGCGAUUAUGGAUCAAGCGAGGGCUGUCAGCCGUACACAAUUGAACCGUGUCAACACUAUCCGAACGCCACUGAAAACCCGUGCUCGGCAAAACCGUUUUACACGCCACAGUGUAAAAUCAGUUGCGACAAUCAAAAUUACGGGACAAAGUAUAGAAUGGACAACCAUAAAGGAAAAUUCUACGCGGUUAAAGGCUACAAAGCCAUGAAGGAAAUUUAUGAAAACGGACCGAUAACUGCGCAGUUUUACAUGUACGAAGAUUUUCUCAGUUACAAAUCAGGUGUAUACUCGUUCGAUGGAUCCACUUCGCCGCGUUAUAUAACUCGUCAAGCUGUAAAAAUAAUAGGAUGGGGAGAAGAGAAUGGGACACCAUACUGGUUGGCGGCUAACUCGUUUAACACCAACUGGGGAGAAAAUGGGUUUUUCAAAAUAGUAAGAGGCGCAAACGAAAACUACAUCGAAGAAAAUAUGUACGCUGGAACGCCACUAUAACGUUGUGUAAUCAAAUUUAUGAUAAUACAUAUUUUAUGAAGUGACUAAUUGCAAAAUAUAUUCAUUGUACCAGCUAA